GGCGGUUUAACGUUCAUUCUUCCUUCUCUUGCUGCUUGAGUGCUUUAUCAUGCCGGAACCUGCCAAGUCCGCUCCUGCCCCAAAGAAGGGCUCCAAGAAGGCGGUGACCAAAGCCCAAAAGAAGGAUGGGAAGAAGCGCAAGCGCAGCCGCAAGGAGAGCUACUCCGUGUACGUGUACAAGGUGCUGAAGCAGGUCCACCCCGACACCGGCAUCUCCUCGAAGGCCAUGGGCAUCAUGAACUCGUUCGUCAACGACAUCUUCGAGCGCAUCGCGGGCGAGGCCUCUCGCCUGGCGCAUUACAACAAGCGCUCGACCAUCACCUCCAGGGAGAUCCAGACGGCGGUGCGCCUGCUGCUGCCGGGAGAGCUGGCCAAGCACGCCGUGUCCGAGGGCACCAAGGCUGUUACCAAGUACACCAGCUCUAAGAAGGAGAAAAGGUCCAGGAAAGAAACAUCCCCGCUAUCUAUGGAAACUUAAGGAGUUCAGAAUAUGUUACCCC